AUGGAUAUGGUAAUUCACGGCGCGGAUAUUUGUCUGGUUGUUGCAAUUUUCGAUGUUACCGUUGUGUUGGGGGCCAUUGUCGCACCUGGCACCAUUACUGACAUAAAGGCUGGAAAGUCUCGAUCUGUCGACGGCGUCUGCUGGUUCACGCAAAUGCGAGACUGCGGCAUCCCCAUCGUUGGAUGGUGUCAUGAUCUGGUCUCUGCUCAGGCUAUUUCUGGUCGGGAGGGUGAAUAA